GCUCGAACGACCAUAGUCCUCAAUGCGCGUCAGCACACUCGGUACCUUCCCACUUCAGAAACCUCAUCUCCCCGAAGAAAGCUCAAAGACUGUAACGAAGCAACCGCUCCCAGAAAUGGUGUCAUCGCUAAGACUACUAACGCUCACCUCCCUCUUCUCCCCCUCCUUCACCCGCCGCACCACGGUGUCUCUGCGGCGGCGCCUCCAUCUCCGUCCGCCUCUGGCCGCGGGAUUCUCCGUCCAGAGCGCGGCGUCGAGUCUUCCGGAAACCGAGGACCGACUGGACCACAAGAAGAGCAGCCGAGCCCAAGACCCAGCGAAUACUGACCGAGUUAUCACGCCUCGCUCUCAGGACUUCAAUGCUUGGUACCUUGAUGUUAUUGCCAAUGCCGAGCUGGCUGAUUACGGUCCGGUUCGUGGUACCAUGGUUAUUCGCCCCUACGGUUACGCUAUUUGGGAGGCAAUUCAGGAUUAUUUAAAUGUUAAAUUCAAGGAGACUGGGCACAGUAACAUGUACUUUCCACAGUUUAUUCCAUACUCAUUUAUAGAGAAGGAAGCUAGCCAUGUUGAGGGAUUUAGUCCAGAAUUAGCUCUUGUUACAAUUGGAGGAGGAAAGGAACUCGAAGAGAAACUUGUGGUUCGACCUACCAGUGAAACCAUAGUAAAUCAUAUGUUUACACAGUGGAUUCAUAGUUAUCGUGAUCUUCCUCUCUUGAUCAAUCAGUGGGCAAAUGUCACAAGAUGGGAGAUGCGCACAAAACCAUUUGUGAGGACUCUUGAAUUUCUUUGGCAGGAAGGUCACACUGCCCAUGCCACACCAGAAGAGGCAGAAAAAGAGGCACUUCAGAUGAUUGACGUCUAUACAGAGUUUGCUUAUGAGCAAGCUGCAAUACCUGUAAUUGCAGGUCGAAAAUCUAAAGUGGAAACAUUUGCUGGUGCGGAUAAAACCUACACAAUAGAGGCUAUGAUGGGUGAUCGUAAAGCCUUGCAAGCAGGAACCAGCCACAAUCUUGGGCAAAACUUCUCCCGUGCUUUUGGAACACAGUUCACUGAUGAAAAUGGGCAAAGGCAACAUGUGUGGCAAACAUCUUGGGCUAUCAGCACAAGGUUUGUUGGUGGUAUUAUCAUGACCCAUGGAGAUGAUAGUGGACUGAUGCUUCCUCCGAGGAUUGCACCAAUACAGGUGGUGAUUGUACCAAUUUGGAAGAAGGCUGAUGAGAAAACAGGAGUCCUAAAUGCCGCAUCAUCUGUUGCAGGAACUCUCAAAACUGCUGGACUUAAAGUUAAACUUGAUGAUGCAGAUCAGAGGACACCGGGGUGGAAGUUCAAUUUCUGGGAAAUGAAGGGAGUACCUCUGAGGAUUGAAAUUGGUCCUCGUGAUGUUUCAAGUGGGAGUGUGGUCAUAUCUAGAAGAGAUGUUCCUGGGAAGCAGGGGAAAGUUUUUGGCAUAUCUAUGGAACCUUCAAUAUUAGAAGCUUAUGUGAAAGACCGGUUGGAUGAGAUCCAAUCAUCUCUUCUUCAGAGGGCAAUAUCCUUUCGGGACAGUAACAUUGUGGAUGUGAGCUCUUAUGAAGAACUCAAGGAAGUAAUAUCCUUGGGCAAAUGGGCUAGGGGUCCUUGGUCAGCUAGUGAUGCAGAUGAAUUAAGAGUUAAAGAAGAAACAGGGGCAACAAUUCGCUGUUUCCCCUUUGAACAGCCCCAGGGGACCAAAACAUGCUUGAUGACAGGCAACUCUGCAAAGGAAGUUGCCAUUUUUGCAAAAUCUUAUUAAGUCUUUGGUACGCUUGAUUUUCAAGCAUAUGGACCAUCUCAUUUUGCUGUUUGAUGUCAUAAAUUUUGUCCAGGUUUCUGUGCCCUCAUCCUCUCCUCUAUAAGCAUGUGGCUUUGAUUUCGGUUACUGAAACAGCAUACAUAAUUGUUUAUGCAUUGUUAAAGCUUUGUCUUGUUGUUAUGUUCUUGCCCCACUUUGAGGGGGACUAGGACGACAAUUUAUAGCUAUGGUCUGAUAUAGCAAUAUUCUUUUAUAUAGGCGAGAAUGAUUUGUAUUUUUAUCUGGUGCCAUGUUUUUCUUAA